AUGAUCAUGGGAGGCGUGUUGGAGAACCACUCGGACGCGGUGUUCGUCCUUCACGGCCUCAACGAGUCGGCGUCCAGCCGUCAGAUCUACUUCUCCUUGGCGCUGGCGUCCUACGUGGUCACGCUGCUGGUCAACGUGACGCUGAUCGUGACCGUGUGCGUGGAGAAGACGCUGCACGAGCCCAUCUACAUCUUCCUAUGCAACCUGUGCCUCAACGGCAUCUUCGGCGCGUCCACCUUCUACCCCAAGCUGCUGAGCGACCUGCUGGCCGAGGUGCACGUCAUCUCGUACGCCGGCUGCCUGACGCAGAUCUUCGCCGUCUACGGCUACGUCUUCUGCGAGUUCGCCAGUCUGACCGUCAUGGCGCUGGACCGCUACGUGGCCAUCUGCUGGCCGCUGCGGUACCGCGCCGUGAUGACGCCGCGCACGGUGGCGCGGCUGCUGGCGCUGACGUGGUGCUUGCCGCUGCUGGAGACGGCGUGCGGCGUGGCCCUGACGGCGAGGCUGCCGCUGUGCGGCCGCCACAUCCACAAGUUGUUUUGCACCAACUGGGAGGUGGUCAAGCUGUCGUGCGUGGACACCACAGCCAAUAACAUCUACGGCUUCGCGCUCAUGUUCUUGCACGUCUCGCAGGCGGGCCUCAUCGUGGUGUCCUACGCCCACCUGGUGCACGCCGCCGUCAGGUCGCACUCCGUCCGCCGCAAGUUCGUGCAGACGUGCAUGCCGCACCUGCUCACUCUGCUCAUCUUCACCGGCUCGCUGUUAUUCGACACCUUGUUCUCCCGCUACGGCGGCGGCGGCCAGCUGCAGGUUCUGCAGAACAUGCUGGCCGUGGAGUUCCUGGUGGUGCCGCCCCUCGUUAACCCCGUCAUCUACGGCAUCAACCUGCAGCAGAUUCGCUGGCGCAUCGUCCACAACUUCACGCAGAAAGACGUGGCGCCGCCCGACUCGCACUGACACUGUCAGAAAAAUUGUACGUAAAUUAUCAAAAAAUUUUCCGUUCUGAGUUCCAGUGAACAGACGAGAGCUGUCUUUGUUCCACCAAGCUAAAGGCUGGGAAAAUUCCAUUAUGUACAAUGGGAGGGGAGGGGGGUUAUCUAUUGUCAUCCAAGACCUGCCCAGGCUGAAGCCAGGACCAGCCCAAGCCAUCUUUUUCUUUUGUGUUAAUGUGACCGAAAUCAAUGACUGUUUACAUACUUCCCAUUCCUUUGGAAGCAGAUGUUGUUGUGUAAAACAGGGAGUGUCCAAAUAAAAAGAGGUGGCGUACAAUCU